AUGGGCCUCCUCUCCCUCCUCCGCCGGCUCCGCUCCACGCCCACCGACCUACGCAUCCUCCUCCUCGGCCUCGACAACUCCGGCAAAACCACCAUCUUGAAACACCUCGCGUCCGAACCCAUCACCGAGAUCAAACCGACGCAGGGGUUCAAUAUCAAGACGGUGGUCGUGGAGGGCGUAAAGUUGACUGUGUGGGAUAUUGGUGGGCAGAGGGCUAUUAGGCCGUAUUGGAGGAAUUAUUUUGAGAGUACUGAUGUUUUGAUAUAUGUGAUUGACUCCGCGGAUCGACGGCGGUUGGAGGAAACAGGCGAAGAACUUCAACAACUCCUAGAAGAAUCUAAACUCCUCGGCGUGCCGCUGCUCGUGCUGGCUAAUAAACAGGAUCUGGUUACCGCUUUGCCUGGGGAUGAGAUAGCAACAGGCCUCAACCUCAACGCGAUCCGUGACCGGCACUGGCAGAUCCAGCCCUGCAGCGGGAAAACGGGGGCGGGCGUGGAAGAUGGCGUACAGUGGGCGUUGGGGCAGUGUCGUGGUGGGGCUGGGAGUGGGAAGGCGUCGUGA